UGACGUCAUGCAGCGCCUCCUCUGCGGUCAGCUGAUCGCACCUGAAGGGACUGAGCGUGCACAGAGCCUAACGUAAAGGGGCUUUGAGGGGAACGACAGCAGGUAACGCAGGUUUUAAUGAGCGUCUAAUGAAAGGAAACCUGUAGCUGUGUUUAUUAGUUCACGGACACGGACGACACCGUUUCUCUGUGCUGUGGACGCGUUAGCUUAAAGGCUAAACUUAGUUGACGAUAGCUACAGUUUGGCUAGCUGAGUCACUGGAGAUGGUCUGGAGGAAUUUUUAAUAACGAUGGGAGACAGCGAUGGGGAGGACACUAUGGAAACUCCUGGGCUCCCCGUGGAGGUCGUGGUUUACAUCCUGAGUUUUCUCCACGCUUCAGACAGGAAGGAAGCCUCCCUGGUCUGCCGUAGCUGGUACAGUGCCAGCCAGGACCCCCGCUUUCAGAAGAACAUCACCUUCCGCUUCCCGGCUUCGGCCUCGUCCCUGGAGCUCAUCAGGGGCCUGGGCCGAAAGCCACGGUGCAACCUGAUAAUCAGCCAGCUCGAUGGCUUCAGCAUCUCCAGAUCGCUGCUGCUGGAGGUGGGCCUUUGCCUCGGCCCUAAACUGGAGAGCCUGGCCCUGCCUGGAAGCAGUAUAACAGAGGCUUCCCUGCUGGCCCUGCUCCCUCGGCUUACCUCCCUCCGCAGGUUGGACCUCAGAGGUCUGGACAGCCUCUUCAUGUCUGGAGCAUUUCUCUCCAGGGAGGAGCACAGACAGCAGGUGCGGUCAGCACUGUGUGGUCUGGAAGAGCUGGACCUGUCUGACCUCCGCUACCUGUCUGACCUCACCUUCAACCGGCUGACCGGAUGCACGCCGCGUCUCCGUCGGCUCUCGCUGGCUGGCUGCCAUAUUGCUUUUGAGUUUGACCCGUAUCGAGGGUGCCCGGUGGGAGCCGUCGAGGACUCUUCAGCUCUGCUGUCGCUCAGGAACUUGAGGAGGUUGUUGAUGGAACAGAAAUCCACCCUCGUAGCUCUGGACCUCAGCAGAACAUCCAUCACCCCUGAGUCGCUGCGCACUGUUGCACAGGUUCAGGGUUUGUUUUUAGAGGAGCUGAUCCUACACGGCUGUAAGGAGCUGACCAACUACUCAGUGGAAGUUCUGGUGAAGCACCAGCCAAGCCUCCUCAAACUGGACAUCAGCGGCUGCACGGAGCUGACCAGCAGGUCUGUAGAGGCCAUAGCGCGAGGUCUGAAGUCACUGACGCACCUCUCAUUGUCGCGGGACUGGAGGAUCACAGAAAAAGGCCUGUCUGACCUGCUGUUGUUGCCCUCCCUGCGGUCUCUGGACCUGUCCGAGUGUCUGCACAUCAAUGGAACGGAGAUGGUGAAAGGCUUAAAGGGAUCCGAUGCUGCCAGACGGCAGCUAGAGACGCUCAACCUCAGGAGCUGCACCUACAUCAGGGAUCCUGCAGUUUUCUUUCUCGCCCAGCUGCUUGGGGACACUCUCUGCGAGCUUGACCUGACUUCCUGCAGUAAUGUGACUGACCUGUCUGUGUGCGCCGUCGCCACCUACCUGCAGAAGCUGGUGGUGCUGCGGCUCGGCUGGUGUAAAGAAGUGACAGACUGGGGUCUGCUGGGAAUGGUGCAAAGAGCCAAAUGUGAGCCUGACGAGGAGACGGGAGACAAGGGCCCCAGGUUCACCCGGACUUUUGGCAACAUGGGCUUCUUUAAGCCUCCUUGCUUGCCUUUCGAGGAGCGACCCAAGCUAGUGACUCCGAAUGACCUGGAGCAGUUCAGAGUGCAGGCUGGAGCUUCUCUUUUAGCUCUCAGCAGGCUGCAGGAACUGGACCUCUCUGCCUGCUCCAAACUCACGGACAGCAGCAUCACUCAGGUGAUGCGUUUCCCAGAUCUCCACCAUCUGUCUCUCUCCAUGCUGCCGGAGAUCACCGACAACAGCUUAGUGUCGACGGCCCGCCACUGCCGCAGUCUCACUAGUCUCGCGCUCAGCCACUGCCCAGGUAUCAGUGACCGCGGCGUGGCGCAGGCUGCACCCUACCUCCCCAGACUGCAACAUCUCUACCUCUCCUGCUGUAAUAACAUCACCGAUAGAUCCCUGCUCCUCCUGGUGCAGCACUGCAAACGUCUGAGGACGCUCGACAUCUCCAGGUGCAACAACAUCUCCACAGCAGCAGUGGACCUCCUCCAGACACGGCUGCCCUUCCUGGAGAAUCUCCACUACAAAUUCAUAGGUGGGGCUGAUCUUAGCCUAGCCCUCUGACAGGCUGACUGAAGAUCCUGAGAGGCUGCUGGGACCAAAGUCUGCUCUCAGCUGAGCUUUUUGCACAUGUCAAUAUUUUGUACAAGAGAGGAAAAAAAGACUUGCAAGUUUACAGCAGGACCUAAUUAUGUCAUCUGUUGAGUAAAUAUUUGCUCCUUUGUGUGGAGUAGGAAUCACCUUUACAAACCAGGCCGAGGCAGUUUGGACCAAAUGUUAUUUUUAAAGAUUUCAUCAAAGUGCAAUACAUGAGCACCACAGGAAGAAGAAAAUAGUCAAUAUUUAAUAUGUAUUUACUGUUUAAAGAACAAGAGAACUGGUUCUUUAUAUUUAAAUUCUUCGAGGUGCUUUUAAAUGAAAUACUGCUGUCACAGACGUAGAACAUCAGUUGUUGAUUAUAGAGAUUGUUGUAGACUACUGAUGCCAACGACACUCCAUUUCCUUUAUUGUUUCUAAUGCUGACAGUCUUUGCUUGUUUGCUCAGUGAUGUUGUUAAAAGCAGGAUGUAGGAUGGGACACUUGGAUGCUGCUAAAGCAGGAAAGAGCUGUGGAGUGAAAACGUUUCUCCAUCCUUAUCUUUCAGAUUAAAAUAAAGCAAAUCAGGGUUUUAAUUACCAAUUGCUUUUCAAAAAACUGCCAGAGUUGAUUUGAAAUAUGAUAGAGUGUCAGAUGUUCUUGGAAAGGGAGCAUCAUGUCAAAACUAGCAAGUUUCAUUUCCACUCCAGCCCACUGUGUACGCUGCUAUAAGCACUGAGACAGAGGGAGUACUCAUCAUGGACCAAAGGUGUGUCUUUUAUAAAUAAACCAAAGUUUGUUUGUUUUUUGCUGUAUAAAUCAAAAUUUUUUUUAUUCAUGUGAAUUAAAUCAAACCACAUGAUUCAACGUGCACAUUAUCCCAGAGGUCAGUGUGUCAGUGUGGAGGACAGCUGUGCUGAAAUGAAAUCAAUCCCCUUACAGAAAAGAAUAAAAUGAAAGCUGUCAGUUCUCCAGUAGCUCCUCCAGGUGGCGCCACUGAGUGCUCGGCGAGUGUAACGCUCAGAGUCACAUUAUAAAACAAGCCAUGGGCAGAAAGCAUCAGUUUUAAAGUUACAAUGAAAUUUGAUCCAAAAAGACAAAAAUCAUCCAAUGCAUGUAGUACCGUGUGAUUGUGACAGAGGGACAUGUGCACGUUUGCAACAAAGAUUAAAAAUCAUUUAAUGCAUCUCUGCUCCGCAGUCACUGAGCUGCUGAAAUCCAUAUGAAGACGAGUGCCUGCAGGUGCAUGAAGCGACAUACUGUGAAACACUGCACACCUGCUGUAUGUCUGUGAUGUGCUGGAGAAUAAAUGACGUACCGUGUUGUAAGAAAGCACGUUGUUCUAGUUAAUGCCCUCUUUCAAAAAAAAGCAACAGAAUGAUACCAAGAACAAAAAGCACAGCCUUUCCACGCGAGUAUUCCUCACA